UCUCUCUCAUAUCAAACACCGAUCAAAUCUAAAUUUCGGUCCAACGACAUUAAUAUGUAGUAGUGAGAGCAUUAGCAUCCUUAAUGGAUGGGCUUCUAAGUAUGCGCUAUAUGUGCAGUGAGUGAUGAUUUAUAAGUAUUGAGUGUCGUUUUAUUAUUGUUUUCCUCUCAACGGCGAAACGCGCGCGACGAGUUUUGAGGUUAGAAGCUGCCACCGCUGCGGCUCCUCUCGAUCGCGCUCGUCGAUCGUUAUCAAAAUUUCCCAGACGAGUUGGGCCGCGAUGAUGCGCUACUCGCACACGAGCACGUCGUGUCCGGGUACGAGGGUCCAUGUUUUAUGAGUACAACAGUUUCCGUCAGCGAUUACUUGAGACUUUACAACGGAAUGUAGACGAUAGCACCUAUGAAUCAGAGCUCGUUUUGUUUGAGUUUCCGAAGAACGUGAGGUGUGUGUGCCUGCGUUUUCCCGGCGAGUUUAAAAUACCUGCAUACGAUGGCAAGUCUCGAGUCGACGACACUAACUCACCAGCCCGGGGAGGCCGCCACUUGGAGGCAGGCCAUUGUCUCUCAAUUGCGAGAGCGAAACAACAGCCAGACCAAGUGUUUCUAUGAUCUGAUUGGCCUGCAUAAUCGCCUAUUCGACAAUGCCAACACUCUACGAGGAGAAAAUCUGCAGCUGUCAAUUAUAAACGACAAGCUAAGGACUGAGGCAUUGAGUGGAACUCCUGGUUUGGCAGCUAAUGCAGCUCUUGAGGCUAAAUUACUAGCACAGGCAGAAGAACUGUCUGCGUUGCAUAAAAGAAGGGGCGAACACACCCAACAAAUCGUUGAUCUGAAUAAUAAACUACAGGAAGUAACUAAGGAUCUUCAAGCAAAGGAAACUGGUUUGGCCGAAAUUACAGAGCAAAACAAAAACUUGCAAUCAGAAAUCGCGAGAUACAUAACUAAAGAAAAAGAGCUGGAGAACAUAAACCAAAUGUUAAGGGAUGAGCAUCAAGCUCUCCAGCUUGCCUUUGCUUCCCUAGAAGACAAGCUUAGAAGAGCUCAAGAAGAAAAUCGGCAUUUAGUAGAACGGUUGAUCAAAUAUAAAGCAAAAGAUGCUGAAAAAAUGAAUGAAGAAAACGACAAUUUUUUAAAUGAGAAUUUUACCAGCCCGACAGCCUUUUUGAUGCAUACCAUUUCAAAGUUUGGAAAAAAACAAGCAAAAAUGCAAAAAGAAUUGGAAGAGGCAGCAAGAGAUACUAGAACUUCGAGUCCAGAUCGUGCUAACUUGAAGGAAGGACCACUCACUCUCCCUUCGUCAGUCCCCACUAAAGUCUCCAUUAAGUUUAAUGCGCACGAGGGCGAGGUGAACGCCGUUAGAUGGUCACCUACUGACAGGAUCCUCGCUACAGGCGGUGCCGAUAGAAAGGUGAAGCUUUGGGAUAUAGGCAAAGGAGGAUACGAGUGCAAAGGGAUGCUAGUGGGUAGCAACGCCGGCAUCAUGUCCGUGGAUUUCGACUCGUCGGGCAACUACAUUCUCGGAGCUUCCAACGACUUUGCAAGCCGCGUCUGGACAGCGCCGGAUUAUCGAUUAAGGAGAAAAAAACAAUGUCUCAAAGAACUCUUACGGAAGCCACAAAUAUUCCGCUAUCCGUAA